AUGGCACCAGUCACACUACACGCCGCACCGGCCCUCGAUAGCUUCGUGACACUUCGACAGUAUCAAUCGCGGACACCAGUAUCGUUCUUCGACGGGCCACCGAUCCUCCAUUACCAUUCCACGAAUGCACGAGCAAGCGCGCGCAAAAGCCAAUUGUCGAAACUACCAUUCUUUGCCCAGGAAGCAGACGAGGGAUCCGACGAUGAUGUGGUUGAGUUGGUCGAGAUAUUUGUUAGCAGCGAGAGUCUGGUUCUGUUCAAUCAAAGCACCUCCACUGGCCUCUCCAUUCCCUACCAAGCCAUAUCUCUGCAUGCCAUCCAACGCCUAUCCGACCCUUCGAACCCAGACCAACAAAUACAAGGGCUGUACAUGAAUCUCGAGCUGGGAGACCCAAAUGCAGUAACGGACGAGGACGAGGAAAUGGAUGUGGUUGAAUUGACAAUAAUUCCUGCGCCUACUUCAACAGAUGCAGGAACAGAUUCAGCCAUCCAACCCCUCUUCGAUGCUGUAUCCAACUGUUCCAAUCUGAAUCCAGAUCCUACCUUUGAAGACGAUGAAAUGGAAGAUGGCGAGGCUGAUAGCCGCAUUAUGUUCGAGGGAAGUGUGGGCUACCAAGGCAUCAGCGGGUUACCGGGUGUUCAACCAGGCGCAUCCGAUGGUGGACUUCCACCACCUUUCCCCGGCAGCGGUGGUUGGAUCACAGCCGAAAAUGUUAGCGAGUAUUUCGAUGCAGAUGGCAAUUGGAUUGGGGAGGGAGAGGGCGAAGGAGCCUUGGGAGAGGGUGCGGGAAGGGUACGCGCACGGGAUGAGGUUGACGAUGGUGCUGUGAAUGGCCAUGGAGAGUCUGAUUCCGAGGACAACAAAAGAGCUCGAACCGACUGA